AUGGUAUAUUCCACUAAUUUGAUCUUGGACACAGACUUCAUAACCUAAAGAAGGAAGAAAGGCAAAAAUGGUGCUCUCUGGAAGGUUCACUAGCUUUGCAGUUGCCUUUACUUUGGUACUACUUGUAACAGAUUCCUUUGCACUUACCCAUCAAGUUCUGAAGAAUUUGGAUGGAAAUAUCAGUCUUAAAGCAGCAGGAAAGAACUCAGCUGACAUUGCUAAGGAAGCUUAUGAUCAUGGAGUUCCUGCUGUCACAGCAGAAGAUGGAAACAUGAGGUUUGCAGGAAGAAAAAUCAUGUUAAGAAGUUCGAAUUUGGAGAAAAAGUCAGUGAAAACAGGCAAUUUGGAUGCCAAAGAAGCAAGGAUUUCAGGCGCAGCCCUUUCUGUUGGAAACUGUAACAAUAGAGACAAAGGAAAUCUCAAUGUUACAAGAUGUGAAUCUGCUGUUAGAAACAGAAGGAGCCUUCAUCACCAUAUGAAGGUCAAAAUGACUGGCUACGGAAAUGCUGACAAGCAGCCAGAGAGUUCGGUAGAGCACUCGGAAUAUCAGACGGUAAAUCAUGAACUCCCAACAAACAGCCAACUCUGUUCGACAUAUUUUAAGUCUGCUGAUCCAGACAACGGCGGGUCAGAAUGUCUAGCAGUGUCUGAAAAAUCAGGUCUCCAUCAAGAGUUUGACAAUGUUCCCUUUCAGAAACUUGAAUCAGAGAAGCUUCUGGAAGCUACUUAUGAAGUGGUGAAGUUGAUGAACAAAGACUACCAAGGAGCAGAAGGCCCACAACACAAGCCACCAAUUAACAAUAAUCAGCCUCUAGACCAAGAACCAUAAUCUCUUUCUGUUAUGAAAUUUUUGUCCAAAGAAGAACCCAUUGUAACCCCUUUUUCCCCCUAUUUUGCUUCAGUUUACUCUUUUUUGGGGGUGUUUCUUACCAAAGCUGUACUGUAAUUCUUAAUGGUGAAGAUAUGACAUGUCUUCUCUUUUGUUAACUGGCAUACAGCACAGGAUUACCUUUGCACCAUCUUGAACUGUCUGUUUGUUUGUUUUUUUUUUUUUGUUUUGAACACUAGAAAAUUUGGGGGUGGUGGAUACCUAUACAAAGGGCAGGUGUCUCUUGCUAUUCGAAUCAUGGUCUUCGUACACCUUAACCAGUGUAGCUGUGGUCCCUUGAAGUGCAAUUCUUUGCCAAGAAAAUUAAAAAGAAGUCAUGAAA